AUGGCUGACUACGAAAACGACAACGGUCGUUACGCUGACGAGCCCCGGUACGAGCGCGACCGCAGUGCUUCUCCUCGCGAUGAGCCCCGUGGCGACCGUGCUCGCAGCCGCUCUCCCAACGGCCGCUCUGACGACAGACCUCUGCCCCCGCGUAAGCCUUUGUUGGACGAGGAUGAGGAAGGUGCCCUGAACACUGGCUCCAACCUCUUCGUCACGGGCAUCCACCCGCGUCUGACCGAGUCCGACAUUUCGCGUCUGUUUGAGAAGUAUGGUGAUGUUGAUAACUGCUCGAUCAUGCUGGACCCCCACAGCAAGGAGUCUCGUGGCUUCGGCUUUGUCAACAUGAGCACUGCUGAGCAGGCCGAUGCUGCCAAGGAGGGACUCCAGGGUGAGGUCAUUGAGGGUCGCACCCUGAGCAUUGAGAAGGCGCGCCGUAGCCGCCCUCGUACUCCCACCCCGGGCAAGUACUUUGGGCCUCCCAAGCGUGAUGGCCGUGGCCCGCCUCGCCGCGGUGACCGCUACGAUGAUCGCCGUGGCCCCUACGGUGGUGGUGGCUGGCGCCGUCGCGACGAUGAUUCCCGCUAUGGCCGAUACGACUCGUACGACCGCAGGGACUACGGUCGCGACUACGGCCGUGACUAUGGCCGUGACUACCGCCGGGAACCUCGUGACGACUACGGCUACCGCGGUGGUGGUGACCGCUAUGGCGGCCGUGAGGAUCGUUACCGCGACCGCCGUGACGACCGCCGUGACGAUGCCCGUGGUGGUGGUGGUGGUGGUGGUAGCGGCGGUGGCUACUACGACCGAGACGCCAACCCUGCUAGCUUCGAGUCGGGCCCUCCCCGUGAGCCUCGUGAGGCGUACGCUGGCGGUCGCUCUUAUGACGGUGACCGCUACGCUGGCAGGUAA